AUGGAAGACAAGCGCAAGAAGCGCAGCCCCAAGGUCUCCCUCCCGCAGCCCCCGCCCCCCCCGGUCAACCCCCGGAAGCUCUCCGUGCUGCCCGCCAGCAAAAGCGCCACCUUCUCCCUGGGCCUGCCGCAGCCCCCCUCCCCCAAGAACCGGAGCAAGUACAAGCGCUCCAUCGGGGCCCCGGGGCAGCCCAAGGAGGCCUUUACGGCCGUGAAGCCCAGGGCCCCGCAGCCGGCAGGGCCCAGUAAGGGGGCCCAGUGCUCCCCCCUGCAGCACUCCUUCCUCACAGACGUCUCCGACGUGAGAGAGAUGGAGGGCGGCCUCCUCAACCUCCUCAAUGACUUCCACUCGGGCAAACUGCAGGCCUUCGGGAAGGUGUGCUCCUUCGAGCAGCUGGAGCACGUGCGCGAGAUGCAGGAGAAGCUGGCCCGCCUGCACUUCAGCCUGGACAGCCACGUGGAGGAGCUGUCCGAGGACCAGAGGAAGUGCGCCUCUGACCACAACCUGGAGCACCUGCUGUGCAACCUGGAGGAGCUCAGCACUUCCAUACAAAAGCUCCACUUGGCUGAGAACCAGGACCUGCCCAAAACCUCUGAGCCCUGAGGGGCGGGGCACCGCUCCGGCAACCCCCCCCCGCCCCCCCGCCCGCUCAUCUGCUCCAGACAUCACGCAAAGUCCAGGUCGCCACGGCGUUGAUCCAGCUGCCUUAGCAACGGAGGCGACAGAGGAGGGGUGUUUUUUUUUUUUUUAUGUAUUUAUUUUUCCCCCCCCACUCCCAUUUGGCCAGCGGAACAGAGGACUGAUAAAAGAAGCUGGGCUUUAAAUGGCCGCCCCACCAAAUCGGACAGGAGCCCCGGACGCUUGGGUGGGUGGGUGAGGGGGUCAGGUUUUUAGAAAAUGUGCUCCACGUGGUCGGUGCAUCAUUUAGGUGAGUGUGGUCAUUAGCUGUAGAGCAAAAAGCACAUUUCAUGUCCAUUUCCCCCCCCAAGUUUAAACCUCCUUGAACAUUUUGGGGUAAUUUUAGAUGGCGCGUGUGUGUUUGCACACUGAAGCAGCAAACAUGUUUGAGCCUUUAGUGUUCAGCACAGAUGAGUGACCUGUCCUAUAAGAAAACAUCUGGAUUUCAGAGGACCCACCCAUACCUACAGUCUGACCCUGAGUGGAGUGGGCAAUCUCAUUCUGUGCGGUCCAGCUACCGUUUCUGGGGACGCGGCUGCCUUCUGGCUUUUUAACAAAACGCUUCUGCCGCAAGCGUCUGCGCUACCGAAAUACUGUUUAAGAUAAAAAUAAAAAAAGGAACAUGUCAGUCAUGCAGUCGAUGUCAGACGCUGUCAGACUUGUUUCUCGUCAAACUGCAGAAAAAAAAAAGAGCACAGCCAAAUGCAGCUGGCAUGAAUCUGUACAAAGCUACGUCAAAUGGCAGCUACUUUCAUAGCUCCGUCGUUCUCUGCUGAACGUAAACCCGGGCCUCUGCGCUCCGGCGCUGAUGAAGCACUUCCUGUGAUGAUAGAGUAACAAAGCACUACUGCUCCAUCGCCUCUCCCUCUUAAAGGCCUUAAGGUAUGAGACUUUUCUCCGUCCACCCAGUUUUCUGUUAGCUACUAUACAUAAAGACGAGUCGUCAUCAUCGGCUUCUGACACGAUGGAAAAUAUAUUCAUUAUGAAACUAAAAGGGAAAAAAGAGCGAUUGCAACCAUUAAUAAAAAAAACCCUGCAUCAC